CGGCAGCUUUCCGGUAGUGAUCACACAAUCAGUGGGUGACGAACUGCCGCAUCGCGUUUAGCGUAGUGUCAGUUAAACUUCGUUCGCAGUGCUGGGCGGUUGUGUUUUAGACGUGAUCAGUUUUUCGGUUCUGACUAAUUAACCAAUAUUUUUUAAGUUAAAAUGACGGCCGUUAACGACAAAACUGCGCACAUAACUGAAUACUAAUGUGAAUAAGUGCAAUAUGUAUGUGUACAUAUACAUAUGUUAAAUACGUGUUGAAUUAUUGAACUAAAAAUUAGUUCAGCUUCAUUUCGUGUCGCGUUUCGACCAUUUUCAACCGCUACAGACAUAUACUAAAUCGCGAACGUUUAUGUGCAAAGUGAAUUCAAUCUAUCCCAGUUCAUUCAGUUGCAUAGAAGUAACAGGCUGCGCCAAAUCCAGUUACCAACGACUGCAAUCGUAUUCUUCGAAUUGUUAAAUAAAAAUCCAAAAUCAAAUCACAUCGAGUAUCCAGUCUGAAGUUAUUGUUUUCGUACAAACUCGAUUACAGAACUGAGCAGAAGAAGUCGGAAAUUGAUCAAAAAUUGUGAUAGUGGCUGUGGGAUUAUAAAUGACGUCAUAUAAUAAUUUAAGGAGAGGAGAUACCGCGACGAAAGGAUUCGAAGACUACUUCUCAAUCAAUUCAAGGCGAAGUCGAACAUCACCCAUUGAAAACGUUCGGCAACAAGCAAUUGAUAUAUUUGCCAGUAAAAUGUGCUCCUGUCACCAAUAUUCAGUAUUCAUAGGUUUAGCCAUAUUAUUAGCCGUAAUCUGUAAUGUCAGCAGCAGCCCCGUGCAGACGACCACGCAGGCCGAGAUUUAUCUAUCGCAAUUCGGCUAUCUACCCGCUUCAGCUCGUAAUCCUGCCAAUGGAGGUCUGCUCGAUGCAAGUACAUGGACUAAAGCUGUGCAAGAUUUCCAAAGUUUUGCCGGCCUUAAUGUAACGGGAGAUUUGGAUAAUGAGACUUUGGAAUUAAUGUCACUGCCGCGAUGUGGCGUGCGAGAUAAGGUGGGCUUUGGUACCGAUAGUCGCUCAAAACGUUAUGCUCUGCAGGGAAGUCGAUGGCGGGUAAAAGCUCUGACCUAUAAAAUUUCGAAGUACCCGAAACGUCUUAAGCGCAAUGAUGUUGAUGCCGAAAUAGGCCGCGCCUUCAGUGUAUGGAGUGAUUUUACAGAUCUAUCAUUUACUCCCAAAGCUUCAGGACCCGUUCAUAUCGAAAUUAAGUUUGUUGAAAGCGAACAUGGUGAUGGCGAUGCAUUUGACGGUGUUGGGGGCACACUAGCACAUGCAUUCUUCCCUGUUUUCGGUGGAGACGCUCAUUUUGACGAUGCCGAAUUAUGGACGAUCGGAUCACCACGUGGAACGAAUCUUUUCCAAGUGGCUGCCCACGAAUUUGGUCAUUCGUUAGGUUUGUCGCAUUCAGACGUCCGCUCUGCGUUGAUGGCACCUUUUUAUCGAGGGUUCGAUCCAGUAUUUAAACUUGAUUCCGACGAUGUUUUGGCUAUACAGGCUUUGUAUGGUAAAAAAACUGGCGGAGUGGGCGAUCGUGGUGGAUUCCCGAAAAGUACCCAAAGGCCGGUCUAUGCUCCUCCAAAAGCGCCCCGAGACGACCUCAUUUGCAAGGACCCAAAAGUGGACGCUCUAUUUAACUCGGCCGAUGGGCAGACAUAUGCUUUCAAGGGCAACAAGUACUACAGACUCACCGAAAACUCUAUUGCAGACGGUUAUCCCAAACUUAUUUCGGAGGGCUGGCCUGGUUUACAAGGUGAUAUCGAUGCUGCGUUCACAUACAAGAAUGGAAAAACCUACUUUUUCAAGGGUACCAAAUACUGGCGGUACAAUGGGCGACAAAUGGAUGGUGAUUAUCCAAAGGAAAUCAGCGAAGGCUUCACCGGUAUCCCAGAUCAUUUGGAUGCUGCUAUGGUAUGGGGCGGCAACGGAAAAAUUUACUUCUACAAAGGCAGCAAAUUCUGGCGUUUCGACCCAUUAAAACGACCGCCUGUGAAAUCCAGUUAUCCGAAACCUAUUUCAAACUGGGAGGGCCUGCCCAACAAUAUUGAUGCUGCAUUACAGUACACCAAUGGAUAUACGUACUUUUUCAAGGGUGACAAGUACUACAGAUUCAACGACAGGACAUUUUCGGUCGAUGCAGCAAAUCCACCAUUCCCACGACCAUCUGCCCACUGGUGGUUCGGCUGUAAAAAUGUUCCUUCAUCGACAGGUAAUAUUCUUGAAAAUGAUGAAGAAUCGCGUUUGCAUUCAGCAUACAACAAUGACGAAAAUGACGAGUCACUACAAUUCGAUGCAGGAAAUGAUGACCAUCAAGCGCACGACGAAUCCCCGGAAGCUGAUGCCUCAAGACAAAGCAAUUCCGCCCGGAAAUUUCAAGGAGCGCAAAUCUGGAGCACGCUGCUGACGACGGCAUUGAUGAUGUUCAUGUAUAAAUUUAAGAGCAGCUAAAACAUUAACUAGGAGAUAAUAAAUCUGCAUAUACAAAUGUACAUAUCCAUAUGUACAAAUACAUAUGUAUAUACAUAUGAGCUACAUACAUAUGUAUGUAGGCAUUAAACUAAAGCCAUAUCAACGAUUGUUAUGUAUGCUAGAUAUGAAGAUAAAGGAUGGGUGCAUUCACCCUAAUGCAAUUCAAAUGAAUUUUGCCAGUUAUUCUUUAAGCGUUGUGAACAUGGAAACUAGCUUUAAUAAAAUCCAUAAAUACUUUUUUGCAUACUUAUACUGUUAAUAUUGUAUGUAAGACCAUUUCUUAGAUUAAGUUAAGUAGGUGGGAAUGAAUUGUGACAUUUAACGUUUUCAUUUGUAAAAUAUGUAUUCACUUGCUUUAAACGAAAUCGAAAAGAAAUAAUUCUGUAAACCCCAAAAGGCAUCGCUUUGAAAUACUGAAGAAAUUCCUGUACCAAUUCUUACAUAAAUGAGUGACUCUUCACUGGCGCUCGAUUUGACUAUACAUUGGUAUGCAUUAUCGUCCCUCCAAACGGAAUUGAUCACUGAAAAAAAUUUAAAUUUUUGAAACGAUCUGUAACUCAGCAAGAGGAAAUAAAUUUCAAUUGCAGUUCAGUUUGAAACCAAAAUUUAUAUUAUUGUGAAUACCCUUUUAAAUUCAUAGACACCUAUUAAAUUUAAUAAAAUUAGUAAAUAGCUACAAAAAGAUAUCGAAAAAUUCCGUAUUUAUACAUAAAUGAAGGAAUCAGAAAUAAAGUAACUAUGUACAUACAUUCCACAAUUUACAUAUUUCUAUAUCAAGAAUGGAGUGAUAGUAUUGGCAUAUUAUUUAAUUUAUGUGUACAUAUGUAGGUGCAUUAUUUGCCAACAAAAAUUAGAAAAAGUAUGUUCUCCUGCCUUGAAGUCGUUGUACAGUAAAUAUAAAUUAUGUUAUAUAAAUAAGGAAUAUUUGUAAGAUAUUAUUGUAAAAGAAUAUAAUGUGUUAUAUCAAAAUAUAUAGUUUAGCAAUACUUAUAAACAAAUAACAUUACAUAAAUAAUAUGUAUGUAUAUAUGUAUUUCAUAUGUAGACAAAUUCGAAUAACGGAAUUAAUAUUUAACUCCGAAUAUUGUAGUCAUUUGAGAAUUGUACAUACACGAAUAAGUUUAAAUGCAUCAGUCUUGACAUACAUACAAAAA